AUGGGGGCAAAUCAUGGAAGGCAAUUUCACGUUCACAUGUUCGAAGAAGACAUUCAAAUGAUGAAAGAGCUAGUGAAGCUUCACCCGGAAAAAGAGACAGGCGGAAAUCUGUUUGGUUUGUGGAAUAACGACGAAGAACCAGUCUUGCACGUUGUGCUUGGUCCUGCCAUUGGCUGCACUCGCACAGAAGUGUCGUUCUACCAGAGCAUUCCCUAUUUAGAGCGUGUUGGAAGGCUGCUCACCGAGCGGUUUCUCCUUUGUCACAUCGGAGAGUGGCAUUCCCACCACAAAUUGCGUUUAUCGGAGCCGAGCUCAGGAGAUUCUUCGACCGUUAUUCGGAACUUUCCGAGAGGAGCGCGUGGGUUUAUCCUGAUCAUAGCCAAUAUUCUUCCAUCUGGGGUUGUCGAACUUUCGCCUUACCUUUACAGACAAGGACAGACUACCUACGAAAAAGGAUUGAUCAGACGACUUGGCAGUCCAUGUAGCCCCUUCAGGAAAAUAGAUGUCAUAAAGGAAAAUAUUGAGAGAGACGUAGAUAGGAGUACCACUGCUCAUGAACACAAGAGGACACCUAAAAAUUGGGGAUCGGAACAACCGCCUGGCAACGAAAGCUACGAGAACAAAGCAUACGCUUACAUGUUUGAAGAAGACAAAGAGAUGAUUGAGAAGAAGCUGUUACAAUCUAAAGGGAAUAAAAUGGAGGGAGAAUUGCUUGGUUUAUGGACGAGUCGCGGCAUGCCUGUUUUGCAUCUGGUCCGAGAACCUAACAGCAAGAGCGGAACCUACAACUUGCAAACCCGAGGAAACUUGGCUCAGGAUAACCCCCUAGGAAAAUAUAUUCUUAACCCAGGAGAGUGUGAGAGACCAUCUGACAAAGACUCGAGCUACAUGCAUCGAGAGUAUCCCGACGGAGGUCUUUUAAUUCUGGUUUACAAGGUAGACAAUGAAUCAGUUGCCAUCCAUCCACACCUUUAUAAAAAAGGCUCCGCAGAUUUUGAGUCACUUGAAAUGCAUUACCUGCAAGGUCGAAACGUAUUUAGUCAAAGAAUGAAUGAUAACACUGAAAAAGAAGAAAAAGAAAGCGGAAUAGCGGAGUUAGAAGUCGAUGAUCCUAAUGCUCGUGGUAGUCCAACCUUUCAACAACACAAACAGUCACGUAUCUAAAGAAUGCAGCCAUUUCAAUAUCGAGUGUCCCAUAUUUCUUUUAAUUCAGCAAGACACCGGCCAAACCUGAAAAUUUUUACGUAAAUGAAAUAUACAGCGUGAGGUCGCCUCGUUGAUACUUUAGAGUAAAUAAUAAACAGCCUUUACUUAUCGUCGUUGGCUCUCUGUAAGAAAUUUAGUUCAAGAUUCAAGUGCAGAACUUGAUACAACAAUCUUUUUACGGUAUCAUUUAGUCAUACCUAACCGCUUUGUCAUCUCGCUAUGGCUAGGGAUGAGUGUAGAAUUUCGCUUUUGAGUAAUUCGUCAGGACUACCUGACCGACUGUUUUGCACUCGAUUAAGACUGAAAACUUAAAUAGAUUAUAAGAAUCUAUUCUUAAGACAUUUCUGUCGAUAUCCUUCUAAGAAGAGUAACGAUUAUUUUCAUUCCCAAGCGAAAUUUAGCUUCAAGAAAGUAACAAGGACCAGCCAGACGUUUUCUCUAACAAUAAAUAACUCAAAUUUUUUAUUUUCGUACGAAAACGUAAUAAACAUUCUGAAGAAUUCUAGGUUAUAUUUCUAUUAUAUUUUGGGGAGCAUAAAAUAACUUAAAACAUUUGUCGUAUUCAAACCGAUCCUCGCCGGAAUAUUCUUGCAAUCGCUACAGAAUGGGUUUACAAAUCCAAAAUUGUAUCAAGCUGUAGAAGCCUUAAAAUGUCUAUGUAGAUUUUAAAUUAGUUGCACUUUAAAACACAAUGUUUCUAGGAAUAUGUCGACGCAAAUACGCAUGCGCAGAGAUUUCCGCUUUCACAUCUUGCGUGCGUUGAAACAACAAACUCGGUCUCGAAGGCGGUUAGCCAGACUCCGGGUUUGAAAGUUCACAGCGGACGGAGGGAAGGGCAACUGCACGCCAUCAGCCGGUCAAUUACAGCAAUCGACGCCAAGACAAUUCUUCCCAAGAACGUUUCGGUAGGAUCCCUUCAACACAGCAGCAGCCAGUUAACUACAACAAUAGACGUCAAGACGAUUCGGUGCAAGAAAGGUUAGAAUUUGAUAAAGACACUGGGAAACUCGUAGUUUGCAGGAAUCCACAAGCACCACAAGCAGCUUCUGUUCACGAAAGUGCCGUGGCUGUUCUUGAAGUCCGAGCACCAGUUCCAGAUCGACCGGUUGUGGAUGCCAUGGCUGCUCAAGGAUUUUUCUAUUUGAAGAUGAUGAAUGUUUUUUAA